GUAUAUAAGGUUUAUGGCCAUUAUAAACCUGAGGAUCCAUGUGACAAGACACAUACCGCCAUCUUACCAGUACGACCAGAACACGACUACACAUUCACUGUUUCCGCUAAUGCGAUGUACAGAGGCAAGCCGAAACAAUCAAAGGUGUUCCAUGCCACUGCUGGAAAACCCCUGAAAAAAGAUUCAACGGAUAUAUUCAUCAGCACAGCAGCACAAAGCACAGAAGCUGCCACCGAUACAUCCUUUGUGAUAUCUUUUGAUUCAAAGACGCUUCUCGACGGUACAAAUGGGAAAGUAGUUGAAGCAGGAAUUCUUGUUAUGAAGACGAGUGAAACACCACCAACGGACCCUGAAAAUGUGACUGACUGGGACACAUGGAAGAACUGGUAUAAGUGGAAGAACAGUGGGUAUAAGGGUUCUUACCGCCCAACUCCACAACACUACCUGCUUCAAGCUAGGAGAAGGAGGAGUGCUUCUCCAGGGGAGAGUCUUACUUCUUACUUGGUUGGUGUGGAUGAAAACUGCGACAGUGAAAAAGACCAGUUCUGUAAUGGGCCCCUGGAACCAGACACUGCAUAUAUGGUUGUGGCUGUGUCAUGUACCACGGCAGGAUGUACAUCCACUGACCCGUUCGGUAACUUCAAGACAAAACCGACGUCCAUAGUCGGCGCUGUAGUUGGGGGAAUAGUGGCGGCCGUCGUCGCCAUCGGGGUUGUUGUAGGAGUCGUUGUUCUACGUAGACGCCGCAGAAGGAAGAGUGAGGAGAGUGACGACGACGACGAAGAGUCUCAACAUGAGGUCGAGGAAAGUGUCGAUAAGACCGUGCCGAGAAAGAUCACGGAUUUCCACGAGAUUGUGAAGGACUUAUACAAGGAUUCCAAGCUACUCUUUACCUCAGAAUGGAAGCAACUCGCCGCUGCCACAGUGAAGCAUCCGGCCGAGCAUGCAGUGCUGGUCGGCAACAGAUCCAAGAACCGAUACGUCAACAUUAUGGGGUAUGACCACUCACGGGUCAAGCUGUUGCCCCUUGACGAGGAUGAAUGUUCUGACUACAUCAACGCCAACUAUAUCCCUGGCUACACUUCCCCCCGUGAGUACAUCGCCUCGCAGGGACCCUUGUCACAAACCACUGUGGACUUCUGGAGGAUGAUCUGGGAACAGAAGGUCCCCAUUAUAGUCAUGCUGACUGGACUGGAGGAGAACGGAGUGAGGAAGUUGGAUAUGUACUGGCCCGAAGAAAUGAACGCUCCGCGUCAGUAUGGAGAUCUGGUCGUUGAACUGAUCAACAUGUCGCCUCUCAGCAAGUACACCAUCAUGAUCUUCAAGCUCUCGUUGGGCAACGAAACGCGGAAAGUGAAACACUUCUUCUUGCCGGGGUGGCACGACUACAACGCCAACCUCAAUGAAGGCGACGUCAUCGACUUCGCACGUUAUGUCCGUGCAGAGCUGAAGCCGACAGACGAGGGACCGAUGCUGGUCCACUGCAGCGCUGGGGUCGGUAGGACCGGGACGUACUUAUGCGUGGACUACUUUAUCCAAGUGAUCGACAACUGCGACAUUGAGGACGAGGUCGACAUCUUCUCAUACGUACUGAAAAUGCGUAACAAUCGACCUUUCAUGGUCCAGUCAGAGAAGCAGUAUGUGUUCAUCUAUGAUGCUGUCAAGGAGAUGAUCGACAGGAAGAAGAAGAUGCUGAUGGGGGAACAGGAGGAAAACAUUUACCAGAACCAAGGAUUUGUUCCCGAAGAAGCUGACGUUGAAAAUAUCUACAUGAAUGUCCAAACCGGAGCUGCAAAGAUGUGAACACUGACUCAAAGUCAACAGGGAUGUUCAUGUUCAUAACAGGAAAGAAGAGAACUACAUCAUGAACUUGAUCCACUCUUUGAUUGAAAUAUCUGAGAAUAAACUGACAUUUCUCUUUCGUGUCGUCCGACAGUCUCCAAAUAAUCUAAACUACCUGAAUCUCCAAUCACUAAGAAUAUGAGUUUCUGUCUACAAGAAUUACUAUCCAUGUAUAUCUCAUGUAUUAUGCUUUAAACUAUAUUUGCCUCAGCUUGAUACGAACACUACAUGAAAUAUUCUGAUCCUGACUAUAUAUAUAUAUAUGUAUGGUACAUUUAGUGAUGUCAAUCAGCUAUCGCUGCGCGAACAAAUUCCGUGCUUGUUAUGUGUCAAGUUUCACAGAUGAUUCCAGUACUUUUUGUCAUAUCACAUUAUAGGAGACAGUAUAGAGCUUAACAUUUAUCGAUAUGUUAUUGCAUUUUAGCUACAUAUAUGAACAAUUGAACAAUCUGAACAUUAUCUCAAACCGAAACACCUGGAAUAAUUGUGCAAUACAUGACCGCACAGUAUUAUUGCUUAAACAAAUUAGCGUUACAUAGUCUAAAUAUAUUGUACAUUAACGAGAUGUAUAUUUUUUCUUAUGAUAAUGAAAAUGUGUUUUUAGACAUCAUAUGAGGGUAUGUAAUAAUUAAUUGGUGUGAAAUUGGUCUGUUUAAUGCUUUGGUAUUGAUUACUUUGCUCCAAUGAAAUGUACAUAAUAUUCCGUGUGUGUAUUAACAAUAAAUUCUUUUACAAUACCAGAACAAGUACAUCACUAGCAUAUGUAUUGCAUUGAAUAUAUUCAUUUAUGUCGAAUAAAAUUAUUGCUUUUACCCAAUU